GGCGGCAGGCGGGCGCCGGCACGGAGGGAGCGAGCGAGCGAGCGGCCAGAGAGCCAGCGAGGGCGGCCGGGUCCCGAGGGCAGCGGAGACUCCUCAGGUCCCUCCGGCCCCCUCCCCGGAGCCCUCAGCGCCUCCGGUCUCCAGCGGGACGGACACGGCCCGGUCCGGCCAUGGCUUCGUUGCUGAAGGUGGAUCAGGAAGUGAAGCUCAAGGUUGAUUCUUUCAGGGAGCGGAUCACAAGUGAGGCAGAAGACUUGGUGGCAAAUUUUUUCCCAAAGAAGUUGUUAGAACUUGAUAGUUUUUUGAAGGAACCAACCCUAAACAUCCACGACCUCACUCAGAUCCACUCCGACAUGAACCUCCCAGUCCCCGACCCCAUUCUCCUCACCAACAGCCAUGAUGGAUUGGACGGUCCCACUUUCAAGAAGCGGAAGCUGGAUGAGUGCGAAGAGGCCUUGCAAGGAACCAAGGUGUUCGUGAUGCCCAGCGGGAUGCUGCAGAGCAACCAGCAGCUGGUGGACAUCAUCGAGAAGGUGAAGCCCGAGAUCCGGCUGCUGAUCGAGAAGUGCAACACGGUCAAGAUGUGGGUACAGCUCCUGAUUCCCAGGAUAGAAGAUGGAAACAACUUCGGGGUGUCCAUUCAGGAGGAGACAGUUGCAGAACUAAGAACUGUUGAGAGUGAAGCUGCAUCUUACCUGGACCAGAUCUCCAGAUAUUAUAUUACCAGAGCCAAAUUGGUUUCUAAAAUAGCUAAAUACCCCCACGUGGAGGACUAUCGCCGCACCGUGACAGAGAUCGACGAAAAGGAAUACAUCAGCCUUCGGCUCAUCAUUUCAGAGCUGAGGAAUCAAUACGUCACUCUACACGACAUGAUCCUGAAGAACAUCGAGAAGAUCAAACGGCCCCGGAGCAGCAAUGCAGAGACGCUGUACUGAGGCCGGCCGGGCGGGGCCGGGGACUCUGUGAGUCUGGCCCGAGACCGACACCGCCUCUUUGUUACCUGACUGUUGCGACGGGAGCCCGGCUGGAAGUAGUGGUCACACCUCUCUGUUUUUAGUUAGAGUCUAAUGAAGCUCUCAUCUAGUCCCGUGCCGUGUUUACCUCUUCUUUCAGGCUCAGGAACUCUCGUCUCCUUCCCCAGCCCCGAGCCUGUGCUCCCGCCGGACUCCAUGGCACGGCCUGGGCACAAGGCUCUGAUUCUCUCCCUCGCCCACUCCCACGUCUUAGGCUUUGUGUUUUCUUCCUUUCAGUGAUGGGUUGGGUGGCAGCUGAGAGACUCGGGAAGUGCUGGGUGUUUUUAGGAGCCGGGGUGGCCGGGCGACUGUCCUCCGUUCCUGUCACAGGCAGGGCUGGCAUGUUCUGCCCCUGUGAGACGGUGGCGCUGGCCGCCCUGGGGAUGACUCAGGGCUGCCCUUCUGACCCGUCUCCUCCCGAACCUGGUUCUGGCCGGGAGUCCUGCAGGCAUCAGUGAGACCCCUGCUCCUCCCGAAGUUUCUGUCGCGGGUGUUCGCCUGUGUGGCGCUGCGGCCCCUCCACUCGUUUCCUACACACCGGCCCCUCUGCCCCCAGGCCUCUCACCCCGCCUGGAGGCCAUAGUUGUCUUAGGCGCCAUCCGUGCCGGCUGCAGUCCCGGGCGCCCCCCCCCUGGGGUGGCGGCCACUGGGUGCCAGGGGAGCUGCAGGACGACCAAGCACUGAGAAGCUGAGGCUGCGGCCUCCAACCCCACAACCAGUCCCUGGGCGCUGCGCCUAGGCCGGGCCUUCGCUCCCGCUGGGCUUUCCCUGCGGGAACUGUCUGUAUCCUGUUGUGCUUCCAGGGAAAGCGUCACUGUGUGGGACACGCACACACGUGCACAUCUGCUGUGUGUGUACGUGUGCUGGGAGGGCGCAACUGCAGAAGAGUUGCUGCCUCUUGACCGUCUCGUGGUACCACUCCCUGUCCUGGCUCCGUGGGGACCCCAGCAGCCCCAGCGGUUACUAUUCUACCACUGGGAGUCGCUGCUGGGGUCAGCCUGUCGGCGGCCCGCAACACCCGUCCGAUGCCCGUGCUUCCGGUGUGCGUUUCCAGCCUGGGGCGCGUUGCCCCCACUCGGGUCCUGUAGAGAGGAGUCGGCGGGUAGUGCUCAGUAAUCAACCUACACCCCCAGCCCACGCGCCGCUCCUCCCGCUGUGGGCCCCGUCUGUUCAUUGUCCCGCUGCCCCUUGCCCCAUGCCUCUUGGAUCAUAAUGUAAAACUUUUACGAUGUCAAGAAAUUAUUAAAAUACAAGUACUUG